AUGCAGGAAGUAGAGUACAUGGCAAGCAGCGUCGGACGGACCCACCAGAGAACCAGAGGAUCCACCGAGGGUCCAGACUGUGGGUUGAAUGUACAUAAACAGUGUUCUAAGUAUGUGCCCAAUGACUGCCAGCCAGACCUCAAGCGCAUCAAGAAAGUGUACAGCUGUGACCUUACCACACUGGUGAAAGCACACAAUACGCCAAGGCCAAUGGUUGUGGAAAUGUGCAUCCAAGAGAUUGAAAGCCGAGGCUUAAAGUCAGAAGGUCUCUACCGAGUCUCGGGUUUUACUGAGCACAUUGAAGAUGUAAAAAUGGCCUUUGAUCGAGAUGGUGACAAGACUGAUCUCUCCAGUACUACCUAUCCAGACAUAAAUAUCAUCGCUGGAGCACUGAAAUUAUAUUUCAGGGACUUACCGAUUCCAGUCAUCACAUAUGACACGUAUUCCAAAUUCAUUGAAGCAGCAAAAAUAGCCAACCCUGAUGAGAGGUUAGAAGCGAUACAUGAAGCACUGAUGCUCCUGCCUCCUGCACAUUUUGAGACCCUUAGGUACCUCAUGAUCCACCUAAAGAAGGUUACACAGAAUGAGAAAGAGAAUCUGAUGGGGGCAGAAAACCUUGGUAUUGUCUUUGGCCCGACCCUGAUGAGACCUCCAGAGGAGAAUGCCAUGACCUCCUUGAAUGACAUGCGGCACCAGAAACAAGUUGUGCACAUACUGAUACAGAAUGAAGACGUUUUAUUCUGAACAUAUGAAGGAUUGCUUUUUGCACUUUUUGCUUUGGUCGACCUGAAGCAGCAAAAGGUUUCGUAAAAACAAGUUCACUCGCUGAACUUUAGUAUCUGUGGUAGAACAGAUACAGCACAUGCCAAAUUAUUUGAUGUAGCAUAUGUCUCAUAGACGUAUGAACAUAUCUCCUUUAGAAAAGGAGCAAGGUUUCGGGGAUAAUCCAGCAAAUAUGUUUCAGUAGUUUUUU